AUGCCAUCAGGUCCAGUUGCAACGUCGGUCAAGAACGAGGCUGGUGCCACAGCUUCCGAGUUCAGUGAUCUUGCGAACUCUCGCCAACCACCAUCCUAUACUGCUGCCAACAAUACUCCAUUGACACACUAUCAUUCCUUCUUCUACACCUUGUUGAGCUGGAAGAACAAGCGAGCCACUGGUGUGACCUUUCUGUCUACCGUCCUCUUCAUCUUCGCCUGCCGAUACCUCCCCAUCCUGCGCUACUUCUUGAAGAUCACUUGGAUGACCCUUGGAGUUGUCACCCUGGCCGAGGCAUCGGGUAAAGCUCUCAUGGGUUCAAGUGUUGCAGGUGCAGUUCGACCUCGCCGAUACUACAAAAUUCCCAAGGAGACUCUCGAAUCGUCCCUUGAUGAUCUCGAAAAUCUUAUCAACUUUUUCGUCAUCGAGGGCCAGCGUAUCGUCUUUGCCGAGAACAUUCCCGUCACAGCAACUGCCUUUUUCUCCGCCUUCGUAACCUACUACCUGAUCAAACUUCUCCCUUUCUGGGGCCUGUCUCUCUUCUUCACCUGCGUCAUCUUCCUUGGCCCAUUGAUCUAUAUCGAAAACAAGGAAGCCAUCGACGCCCAGCUUCAGUAUGCAGGAGAGGUCAUUGGCCAACAGACCAGCCAGAUCAAGGAUUUGACCGCUCAACAUACGAGCAAGGGUUUCGAGACAGUGAAGCAGUACACUGGCACUGCCACUGCGAAAGCUCAGGAGGCCAUUGGCAGUGCGAGACAGAGGAUCCCAUCCCCCACCACUGCCAAAUCCUCAAUCAAGGAAGGCGACUUCCCCUCGGCCCCCAAGACCGAGCUCUCCUCGACUUCAGUCGAUUCCAAGCCCGAGACCGAGAAUCUGCUCAGUGCAGAGACCAACUACGCUUGA